GUGAGUCCUAUGAUCCUAAUACUAUCAGCGUGUAUACUGAAUUAUUUUAAUAAAUGAAGAACUUUAUAAAUUGGGUCACUGACCAGGCUGUAUGCCCACUUAGAAGACCGUUCAAGUUCUCAUAUUUCAGAUAUGUACUAUACUUUAUGAUAGUAUGGCUGGUGACAUCUUUAUCUAUACUAAUUGGGAGGCAAACCUCUUUCAUCUACAAAACUUGGAGAGUGAAGCUUCCCGCACGCCAAGCGUGCAUCCAUCCACGUCUGCUACUGGACGAUCCGGUCAUGCUGAAGACGCUGAAGAGAUACCCGCCGACCUUAUGCAAGGGAGAAGAGAACUGGGUCUACGUUGUGAAUGGGACUUUGUAUUUUAGCCAGGCUGCCUUAAGGAGACACGUGAACUAUUCCUGCACCUAUGAACCUUUGUUGAGGGAAGGGGAUUAUAAAUACUCUUGGGGCCAUGCCGUCAACAUCACUAGCGGAUUUCCAAUCACAUCGGAUUUCUUCAGAGUUGAAUGUUCCAAUAGUAAACAAAGGUUGCAUAAAGGUCUACACGCUGGAGUGGCAUAUACGAUAGAGAGAGGCGUAAAGGAGACGCCUCCGUUAGUGGAAGGGUUUAAAGGCCUCAGUGUCGCCAUAUUAGGAUUUGAUUCAAUGUCGAGAAUGUCGUGGCUGCGUCGUCUGAACGAGACCAGGGAAUACUUCCAUGACAAGCUUGGCGCCAUUGAAUUAGAGGGACACAACAUUGUGGGUGAUGGAACCACUGCAGUCUUGUUCCCCAUGUUGACUGGAAAGUUUGAAUGGGAACUUCCAGAAGCGAGAUUACAUUAUCCCAAUGCGAGUCAGCUUGACAACUUCCCAUUUCUUUGGCACGACUUUAGAAAAGCUGGUUACCUGACAUCCUGGAGUAAUGCUAACCCAAAAUCAGCGCCCUUCAAUUGGCGAAUGUUGGGGUUCGAUCAGCAGCCUACAGACUUCUACACAAGGCCAUUUUAUCAGGCAUUUGAAGAGAUGGUGCCUCACAAGAAAAGGGAUUGCUUUGGUUCUGUGCCUUUCAGCUCGACCUGGCUAAACUACUUCCGGGAUAUAUUUUACAUGUACAAACAUCAGAGGAAAUUUUUGUUUCAUUUUCUGGUGGAGAUGACUCACGAUGAUAACAACCUCAUCACUAAGAUGGACACAGAAAUAAAGACCCUAGUCCAGACUCUGUUUGAAGGUGGCUAUCUCGACAAUACAGUUCUAAUUCUGAUGGGUGACCAUGGGGCUAGGUACAACUCAGUGAGAUCUACACUUGCCGGGAAGUUGGAAGAACGUUUGCCGUAUUUCUCUUUCUUAUUUCCUAAGUGGUUUGAAGAGAAGUAUCCAGAGGCCAUUCAGAAUCUACGGGACAACACAAAGAAACUGACCACUCCUUUUGACAUUCACGAAACGUUGAAAGAUUUCUUACAGUUUGGAGGAACCGGAGAAGCUCGAGUUUCAGAUCGUGGGAUCAGUCUUUUCAAACAGAUUCCUCCCGAGAGAUCGUGUGGCCAUGCCAAAAUCGCUCCUCACUGGUGCGCAUGCCUGGAGUGGAAAAACAUUUCAAUGCAGGAUCCUGGGGCUAAUGGCGCCCUCCAGUUUACUCUGGACACCAUCAAUAACUACACCGCUGACUACAGGGAAGAUUGCGCUCUUCUGUCUGUAGAGAAAGUAACAGACGCUUCCAAACUAGAGACAAGACGCGAGGUUUUAAAGUUUAAACAAACUGACAGCGAUGGGGGGUUCUAUAAGAUAGACUUUAAAGACAAAAGCAAGAAUGAGAUCGCUUUGUAUCAGCUGACCUUUAACACUACACCGGGUCACGGUCAUUUCGAAGUGACUGUCACGCACGAGGUGAUUAGAAACGUGUACAGGGUCAGUGAGAAAGAGAUAAGUCGAAUCAACAAAUACGGCAACGACCCGGCCUGUAUCUUAAACAAAAACAGACAAAUACGUCAGUACUGUUAUUGUUUAAGUAAUUUGAAAUCCUAGCACCCAUCACGUCACUUUGAACUAUCACGUAACUUUUCAUGGUUCGAAACUAUCACGUGACUCCACCUCAAAUGUUUCCCGCUAUUCAAAAAUCUUCUGAGGUUUUUCGGCUGAAGCACAAGUUUAUCUAUGCCUCUAAUGAGUCUGACAUGCUAUUCAUUUUUUUUUCUUUAUAAUAUCCCAGAUCCCAGUAUAACAGGCAAUCUAUUGACUUGAGAACCUCUUGUAAACUUAUUAUUAUUAUGUUAGAAACGAACGAGUAUUCAUUCUAGUGCACUUCCAGGGUCGAGAUUCGUUAUUAUAAUAAUAAUUAUUAUUAUUAUAACAAUUUUCAUAGACGCUUAAUUUCCAAGCCUAGGUUCCCAUAUUUUUUUUGUUUUUCUAUCUCAGUUUUUCUUAAAUUAUGAGCCAGUGGUACGGCGAUGUCGAUAAUGGUAGCGGUUAAUUAACGAACAGAAGAUCCGGGCGAUUGAGUUAUUCUUAUUGUGACGAUGUUAGAAAUGAACUAAUACCAUUUCUUUGGUACUGCCAGGGUCGAGCUUCGUUAGAGACAAAGAAAACUCAUUGUAGUUCCUUUAUCAGUGUCCACUGAGGAAUUUUCUGGUGAUUUGAAAAGGUCCGAAGCAGUACCGUCCUCUGACAGGCAACGAUAAUGUUAUUAGGGAUGUUAAGGGUUCUGAAGCUAUCUGUGAGGUCAGUUGUCAUUAUCCCCUUAGUUGAUAUAUAAUAACACGAUAUUAUUAGAAACUUCCAUAAUCGCUUAAUCUUCAAGCUUAGGUUCCAAUAUUUUCUUUUGUUUUUCCAUUUCGGUUUUCCUUAUGUUUUGAGACAGUGGUACGGCGAUGUCAAUGAUUAUAGCAUUUUUUUUUCUUAAUAAACAGCAGACCAUGGCGAUUCUAAUUAUCCGAUUUGUCAGUCAUAAUAGGCAUAUCCCAGAUCCCAGUAUAACAGGUAAUCUGUUGACUUGAGAAACUCUUGUAAACUUAUUAUUAUUAUGCUAGAAACGAACGAGUAUUCAUUCUAGUGCACUGCCAUGGUCGAGAUUCGUUAUUAUUAUUAUUAUAUUUGUUUUUUUGUUGUUGUUUUUUUGACAAAUAAAUCAUUAGAAAAUACAAAAGUGUGAUGGAUGGUUCUGGUCAGAGUGAUGGACAAAGGAAGUCGUCAAGCCUAGUGUCUUUGUAUGCUGAUUUCUAGUGUUUAUUUAUUGAUUUUUUUAUGGAAUGGUUUUAUUGAUUGCUACUAGCUUGAACACGCUGAUUUUGCAGUAACAUAUCAUCUAUUCAGUAUAACUAUAAGACAUCAAUGAAUGAGAGUCAUAACAUUAAACUUAAGGACGUUUCUAUUGUCGAUAGUUUGUUGGAAAUUAAAAUGUCGAGGAAUGAUACAAAUAUUCAUAUUUGACUUCAAAUUAAUGAAAUAUUUAUGGAUUGAUUUCAGUGGCGUGGCUAUGGUGGAGGGAGGAAGGUGGGAGAAUUUGUAAAUCUCCCCCGGGCCCCCACUUGAGAGGGCCCUCCAAAUGAGUGUUUUUUAUAUUAACAAUUAAAUAUUAGGAAAAAUGCUAACUAUGAGAAAUCAAGUGUCCGAAUGUUGAAGUCGUAAAACGUUUCGUUACAAUUUAAUAUUUCUUGGAGUCUGUCUAAAUAUAAGUUUGUAAUUACAUCUAUUUUAGAAAUGUGAAAAUUUGUGGUUGAUUUAUUCUGUGUAGACGCCAUUCCCCGGGCCACUACCCUCUGGGUACUUAAAGUAGAGGCAUUGUUUCAACUUGGCCAACGUAGGACCCACUGAUAUGAAAAAGCGAUUAAUAAAUAUAAUGUCCAACUUU